GAGGAGUGUCUAUAAAGUUUUUUCAAACUCGCAGUGCUGCAGCAAUGGCGGCUCCCAUGUCCUGGAGGAGGCUGGUGUACUCCGUGUACUCACCGGCCAUAGCUGGGGUUUUUACCCGGAUAUCUGACCGGGUGUUCCGUGCACGGGACCGGCGAGGAGGGUCCUCCGUGCUCCUUCUUGCCCCUCUUCUGGCUGAAACCGACCCAGCCCCUCAUCGCGUCUCCAGGCCCACAAGCUCAGCCGGAGCCCAGCAAACAGAAGGUCUUUGCAGCCACUUCCGAUGGAUGGCAGAGCAUGUACCAGCCUUCCGGGUGCCAGGCUCCCACAUCCACAUUCUGACGUCACCUGACCAAUUCUACCAGGCAAUGAAGGCUCGCAUCAAGACUGCACAGAGGCGGGUGGUGAUGGCCUCCCUCUAUCUGGGAACCGGUCAGCUGGAGCAGGAGCUGGUGGACUGUAUGGAGGAAGCCCUCCAACGUUCCCAGGACAACAUCCAGUCUCCAGACCUGAAAGUCUCCGUAUUGCUUGACUACACACGCGGAUCACGAGGAAAGAUUAACUCAAGGACCAUGCUGCUACCUCUGCUGCAGCGCUUCACAUCUCAGAUGAGGGUAUCUCUGUACCACACUCCAGAUUUGAGGGGGCUGCUGCGCUUGCUAGUCCCCCAGCGCUUCAACGAGACCAUCGGAGUCCAGCACAUCAAAGUCUACCUGUUUGAUGACAGCAUCAUCAUCAGUGGGGCCAACCUGAGCGACUCGUACUUCACCAACAGACAGGACCGGUACGUGCUGCUGGAGAACUGCAGGGAGAUCGCCGACUUCUUCUCCGACCUGGUGGAGGCCGUGGGAGACGUCUCCCUGCAGCUCCAGCCCGACGACUCAGUCACCAUGCUCGAGGACAUGGUGCACCCGUACAAAGGCAACCGGCAAGACUUCUCGGCAGUGGCGAGGAAGCGGAUUAUGGAGGUUGUAAACUCGGCCCAUAUUAGGCAGCGGCUUCUGAACCAGUCGGAGGACUCUGAGGAUGAGGGGAUGAGCGAGGUGGAGGAGGACACCUGGGUGUUCCCGCUGGUGCAGAUGAAACCUCUUGGCAUCAGAGUGGACGAGCAGGUCACACAGCGUCUGCUGACCGAUGCCGGACCCGAGUCUACUGUGUUUCUCACAUCGGGUUACUUCAAUCUGACCCGGGCGUACAUGCGGCUGGUGCUCAAGGCUGGAGCCAGUUACCGUAUCCUCACCGCCUCCCCCGAGGUCAAUGGGUUCUUUGGGGCCAAGGGCAUCGCUGGAGCAAUCCCUGCAGCGUACACUCACAUCGCCAGGCAGUUUUACAAACAGGUGUGCCAGGGGGGCCAGCAGGAGAGGGUACACCUGCAUGAGUACCACCGACCAGAGUGGACCUUCCACGCUAAAGGUCUGUGGUAUUACCUCCAGGGGCAGGAUCGGCCUUGCCUCACUCUAAUUGGCUCCCCUAAUUUCGGUUACCGCUCGGUUCACCGUGACCUGGAGGCCCAGAUUGCCAUAGUAACGGAGAAUGAGGAGCUGCAGAGCCAGCUGCAGGAGGAGCAGGAGAUGUUGUACCGGCGCUCCGCUGAAGUGUCCACCUCUACGUUCGAGCGGCCCGACCGCCACGUUAAACUGUGGGUGAAACUGGUCACGCCACUCAUCAAGAACUUCUUCUGAGGUGGCAGACAGUCCAUUCUGGACAUGAAUUGAAGGUGGAGGUCGGCCAGCUCCUGUGGAAGAAGCACACUCUGGAUGACCUUCAGCACGCUGGGAGCCGGCGUCCUCUGUGUGUCAUAGGAAGUGACUGAAACACAUGCACACACACAGCAGCACAUGUAUGUGGCGGACUCGGGAGGUAAAUCCUGUUUGUUAAAGCUCUGGAUCCACCUUCACACCGUUACACUCUUUAUGUAUUAACACAUGACGUCAUAGCACUGUGGGACUCUGGUUUUGUAGUGUUAUUAACUACAAGCAUAAAAAAAAACAAACAUACUUCUGUUAACAUACAUACACGUCCACAGGUAUGUGUUGCAUGCAUGGAGGAAAAAAGCAGGCACUUCAUGUGUGAACGUCUCUGAUCAGAUGAAGGUUGUUUGGUGACGACCCCUCGAUGAGCCUUUGACGCUGUGUUUACAGCUCUGCCUGCAGUAAAGUUGACUGUACAGUCUGUGUUAUUGUUGUAAAUUAAAGAGUGAAUGUGUGGUGAGUUUUUAAAGUGUCCUCAAGCGUUUGAUUUUUCUGAUUGAGCUCGAGUUCAGCGAUUCGUGUGGAAAAGCUUUAAACGAGAGAUGAAACAAAGCUGACGUGAAAGGUUUCCUGAGGUUUGGUGUCUAUUAGCUCUUUGUUUUGGUUUUUCUGCUCGACGACCACUCCUGCUGGUUUUUUACAUGUUAAAUAUAAAAGAAAAUGUUUUCUGAAGCUGCUCUGUUUGCUUUUGUUGUGUUCCUUAUUCUUUUUGUGUUUUCAGUCUUUUUUUUAAUCUUUUGUUUUAUUUGUUGAAUCCUAUUCAUCACUUCAUUAAAUUAACAAUUCAGCCUCGUUUCAUUAGUUGUUUCUUUUUAAAUGUAAAGAUUUUAAAAUUUUAGUCUAAAUAACAAAAAACAAAACCAAAGCAUCCUUUGUGAUUCUAAAAGAAAAACUGAAUAGAAAAUAGAAAUCUAUUUGACUUUAAAGUCAAAGUAUUUUGGGAAUGACUGACCUUGACAGACAGCUUCAGUGAGGCCAAUGCGGAAAUGCAUUCUUUCUAAUGGCCACCAGGGGCCGACAUCUCUGGUUGCAAAAACAAAUAUGCUUGUAUAAAAGUUUACAAGAAAACCUCAAAUUCUCACUUGAAUACUUUCCAGAUGUGUUUUUGAUCUUAGGUUCAAGUCAUUAUACAACAUGAAGCUAUUUUUGUAAAAUAAUCCCAAUAAAGUUAAAAAGGGUUAAGCAAUAAGCCUCCAUCUUUCCUGGUGCCUCCACUAAGAUCUGGCUUCAGUUUGGAACCAUUUCAGCCUCUUGCAGCUUCAGGUACCUGAACCCUGUGGUGUGUUUUCCACUGCAUUCAGAUCAAUCACUUUCGAGUUUCCUUCUUUUUUAUGAUGUCCCUUUGUUUUGCUUUGUGACGACAGCUCACACAGUGGACUGUAAAGCUCUGACAGCUGUCAUAAAAAUAUCAUGAAUUUUGGAAUUAUGUGGGUGUUUGACCACAAAUCUGCCGUCAAGUAUGAUUCAAAUGUUGACUAAUCGUCACUAGUGAACACUGCGUGAGCCACUCUUGCCAGUUGAGAAGAACACAGCGAGAUCGACUCGUACUAAUAUUUUGCGGAGUGCGACACAUAAGCCGAUGUCUGAUUAGUCUGCCUUCUGUCACAGCUCUAACACGUACUACUUCAGCCGUACCUUUCGCUGGAAGGGGAAUUUCCCAGGUCUGCUUCAGUGCUCGUGCUUUCAUCUCCUUGAUAUGCGCUGUGGUUUUCCAGAGUAAUCAGGUCACAUCAACAUUAGCAGGAUGUGGGGAAACUUUACAGAAGAUAACGUAGUUUACUGACAGCUCUGCUAGAAUGACUGGCUGCUUCAUGAGUUACAUUAGAUAAAGGUGAGAUAAGUGCUUAAAUGAAUGAGAACAGAGUAUUGAAACCUGUGUUCGGUAGCUGGCGGCAUGCUUUAGAUUGAGGUCAAGUGGGACAGGGAGCACUGGAAUUAAACCCAUACAAAAGUUCAUUUUAAAAAAAAAAAGGUUAUACAAGAUAAAAGGCCGGCUGUGUUUAGUUUAUUGCAGCUGUUUGGCAGGAUGAGGUUACAGGUGACUGCAGAGGCCACCAUGUCCUGCAUUAAUGACUGUCUAGGUUGCAUCAGGACACGUUAGUGUUUACACUACAGAAGGAAUGCGGUCGAACAACCUCAGAAGGUGCUUAGAGAAAACUAAUCGGAACCAUUCUCACUUCAUUUUAAAUCAAACUUAUUCAUUACAAAUGAACAAUAAAACAACUUCAGUAAAAUAAGGAAGUCAAACAGGAGCAGAAGAUUCUUUGCAAACUUUUAUUGAGACAAAAACAAUAAAUUACAAGAAAUGUGGAUAAAUAAAUAUUUGACUAUUUCUGUUUUACCUUCCUUUUCAUGGACAGAAGAUCAACAGUAGUAACAAAACGGGGCAGGGGGGGAAAUGUAUGGCAACAAACUAAACGCUGCUCAGUCUCGACUGAGUCCUGAGCUGAAUCUUCGUCAGCUUCAGAAAAGUCAGAAUCUCAGAUUCUGCUGCUGUGCAGCUUUCACGAGGAGUCGUUUAUUUUAUCUCAAACUUUUCCGUCCAGAGGAGUGCACUAUGAAGCAGACACAUUUCAACACAACUCCAGUCUGCUACAGCUGUGAUUAACUUUACUUAUUUCUAUUAAUAGUAUUACUGUUUAUUUCCUUUGCCACUUCAUCAUAUGAAUUCUUAUUUUAUGAGGGUCAGGACUGCUGUCCUGCAGCAUGAAUGUCUUGGGUUUUCUCCAGGUGUGCACGUUAGGUUAACAGGUGCCUGUAGAUGUGACUGUGAGUGUAAUUAGAAUGGCGAUGUGUAUUUUUUUAUAUGAUGGUGAAGAACAAUCACGUUUUCUAUUUCUGUUAUUUUUAUUGGCAUAAUUGUAAUAUACUUACCAAGGGUCAAUAGGUACUGUAUUAACAAUACUAAAUACUAAAAAAUAUACUAAUACUAAAAAAAACAAAAACUCCUUACAAUGAUUUAGGAGCGAUCUGGUGACAGUCCAUUUCCAGCUUGAUGGUGGACCACACCACAGGACAGAAGUGAUAACUUCUUGCUGGUUUCCAGAUCAGAUUUACGUUUUGGAUUUGCAGCUAGGAAAACUGCAGACCAAUUAAGAUCUGCAGAGACAAGCAGGAGCACUGAAACGUAUUGUCGGCAUCGUUGAUUUGAGCGCCUUGAAGCGACUGUUGUUGUGAUUUGCCGCUAUGUAAAUAAAAUUGAAUUGAAUUUGAUUGAAGUCACUGUAAACACACAGCCUUUUUUGAGCAGGUUUUCCUGUACUGCCUUAUGUGUUGUUAGUUUAUCACUGGGCUGCUUUUUGCUGUUGAUUUUAAACCAAAACUCUGAACAACAACAACAAAACAACUUCAGGCUCGCUACCUCGCUAACUCAUUAACCUCGCUUCGUAGCUCACUCCUCUGGAGACGUGAACUGACAACAUUUCCCGCGCUCUCUCUGUUUUCAGCAGCUGUAGGGACUUGCUGUACUCAAGCAGACCAAACACUGAUUGUGCGAAAAGGCUCAGAGGUCAUUCAAAUGCUUGUCAACAGUCCUUACAGCAGGUUUCAAGAUGAGCGGGAGAGCUAACCGGAGGGCACCGCAGCAUCGUUACAGUACUGCAGCAGCAGGACUCUAAAAAGGUGACGUUUCAGCAAACAAAAGAGCGGUCUCUGUCUGAAUAACAUUAGCUGCAGAUGGGAAAUAAAGUGUCGGCAGGAGGUCAGACCUGUAAAGAAGGGAGCGCUGGUUCUGAAGGUGUGUCUGUUGAAAAGGGGACAAAAGACAAGCCGCUUUAAGAGGUGAAUCCUCCGCCAGGUUCAGGUCUGCAGCGGGAAUGUCAGGUCCACCUGAAACAGGCCUGCGGUUGUUUUAUCCUCAGCAGCUCUACAGCCCCUUCAGGGAGGAGACCUUCUUCUUCCGAGCAGCUAACAUCUCAUAGAACGGGUCUUUGCUGAUGGCAGCCCUGCAGAGAGAAGGACAGCAGUUCCACUUUUUCUUCAUCGUCAUCAUUAGUUUGACCCUCUGCAGGGAGAGAAAACAAAACUGAAACUCACUUGAUGCUUUUGAUCCAUUCGUCCUUCUCCUCCGCAGUUGGGGCGGAGAUUCUGUAGAAAGUGUGGUUUCCCUCGACGACGCGGCCGUCUGCCUCCGUCUUGCAGGCCUUGAUCACCUGAUCUUUGUGGUUGGGGAUGAACAGCUCGAAGCAGUUCUGAGAGAGAUCAUGGUUGAGGCAGGAAGGCGAGUAAACAAGUUACAUGUGUGAUCGGUUGUUUUCGCUCUGUACUGAACGUGUUCAACGCUGUAAUAAAAACUUUAUAUAAACUUUAUAUAAACUGUUGAUCCAUCAGCAGGAUCGAGGUGGACGGUCACGUGUUCAUUGUUCAUUUGCUGGAGUUAUUGUUGGGUACGUUGUGGGUUUUUUUUAUGCUUUUUCAGGCUUGCACCUGUGUAGUAUAUGUACUUUUUU